AUUCAAGGUUUCUCUGGUGUCUCAGAGUUCCGGAUCCCAGUGUUCCUACUCUUUCUAGUUGCUUAUUUAAUUAUUAUUGCUGGGAACCUCACCAUUGUUGCUGUCAUUUGGGCACAUUCUCAUCUCCAUACUCCUAUGUAUACUUUUCUAGUGAAUCUUAGCAUCCUUGAUAUUGCUUCCACUUCAUGUACUCUUCCUAAACUUCUAUCCAUGCUAAGUACAAAUCAAAACACAAUCUCAUUUGCUGGCUGUAUAACUCAGCUGUAUUUUUUUUUAUCCUUAUCUUGUGCUGAAGCCAUCUUGCUGUCAAUCAUGGCUUAUGACCGCUAUGUAGCCAUCUGUGAUCCGCUCCGUUAUGUUGUUAUUAUGGAUUUAAGAUACUGUGUUAUUCUGUCCCUAAUUGCAUGGAUCGUUGCUUUUAUAGACCUUUCUGGGCAUGCUGUCCUUAUAUCUAAACUGAAAUUUUGUGCAUCUCAUAUAAUUGAUCACUUCUUCUGUGACAUGGUGCCAGUGUUAAAGAUUUCCUGCAGUGACACGUACAGUGUAGAAUUGUUGAAUUUCAGUGAAGGGGCAGUACUUGGAAUUGCAACUUUCUUUUUUACUUUGGGAUCAUAUGCAUUCAUUAUUUCUACAAUUCUAAAAAUAAAAUCUUCACAAGGCCGGGGUAAAGCAUUUUCUACCUGUUCUGGUCACCUGACCUGUGUCACUGUGUUUUAUAGCACUUUACUUUGUUCAUAUAUGAGACCCACGUCAUAUUAUUCACCAAAACAUGAUAAGUUCUUUGCUCUUCUUUAUAUUGUUUUAGUUCCUAUUCUCAACCCAGUAAUCUACAGUCUGAAAAAUGAAGAAGUUAGACAGGUUUUUAAAGGUCUUAAUAAAAAGUGGCAGUUACAAAUGGGGUUAAAAGGGUCAUGCCAAAGAAAUUUGAUAACUUACUAG